UCUUACUCUGUUUUUACAUCUCAAAGCGGAAGCUAGUCAGCAAGUCAGACGACAGAAUCACCAACAGAAAGUUAUCUUACAUGUAUUACAGUGUUGUUGUGGAAACAAAGAGAGACAUAAGCACAUUAGAUACGAAAUAUGGAGCGACUUCGUCUGUUUGGGUUUAUGACUUCGUAAAAUAUAAUAAUAAGUGCUAAAAAUCUGCUUGUGACUCUCUGCAUUUAGUUCGUCAACAAUCAACAAAGUUGUUCCUGCUUUGAACAGAAAAAGGAAAGACUCCUUCGUGAUCCUAUUUGAUGCAAGAAUGUGUGAUGAAGGAACGAGAGAAAAGGAAGACAAGAUGAACCAGCUUGAUCUAGCCUUACAGAAACUUGCUGAAACAAGAGCAGGAUUUCCAGAAGAUAAAACCGCCAAAGUUAUCCGAGAUGAGUUGGACCAGAUCCUACAGGAGAGCGUUAGCGAUCUCUCUACAAAAUACCGUUUAUUUCAAGGCGCAAAGAUCCAAGAAGGAGGAAGUAUGACCGAUGGUACGAAGAUAGGUGCUCCUGACGAGUUUGACUACCUUAUUGAAGUACCUUCUCUACAAGAACAACUUGUCACCAUGAAAGAAAACAAACCGUUCUUUGCAGAGGAUUACUCCAUGGAAAUUCAAUCAACAAAGUUAUUUCUGAAAAUCAAAGAUCUUUCAUUUUUGGACGACAUUUUGUGCCCUGACUGGUGCGAUGGAGAGAAAAACCAAACUAGAAAAUCGAACCAGUUGUGUUUCAAGGAUGGCAAAAGCCCAUGGCGGGAUCAAAUCGCUUGUAUGGUGUCUGUUGCGAUUUAUCGCUCGCUUCAAGAAACUCUAAAGAAAUUCUCGAAGUGGAAACAUGUUGCAAGACUGAAUUGUCCAGCAGGACAUACAUUCCUUCAAAUACUCAAGUUUAACGGUGAGGUAUUUGUGUCUGUAGAUAUCUGUUUGGCGGUGACGAUUCCUUACCACUCUACGAGCCAAGCUCCUUUGAUGCUGCUGUUCGAGUUCAGUUCAAUCAAUACCAUCAGCUGCACGAGACGAUCAGACUCAGAAUGGGAGAAUACCGCACUAAGUCCACUUGGAGUCAACUCAGUCGAAAAGCAAUGCUAUAGAAUUCUCAAGUAUUUAACCCAAACGUUUCUGGAAUCCAGCUUGGAUAUCUUCACGUUCGAGUACAAAGCAGUUUUAGAAACGUAUACCUUGAAGACCACUUUCCUAAAGGUGUUGGAUGAGAGCCAGGAAAGAUGGAAUGCAAAUGAGUUAGGAACGAGGGUGUUAGAGAUACUUUGCUUGAUUCGAGAUGAUUUGGGACAAGUGGCAAAAGAGAAAUCUGCCCACGGUCAAGUCAUUCUUCAUCCUCUUCAAGUGUCAAUGGAUUACAACUUGCACCCAGUGUCUGGUGAACCCGCCUUGUUUCGGAGAUCAAAAGUUUCAAACCCAAAAGGAAAGACAGCAAAUGAACCAAUCUUCAAAAGACCCAAAUCCAUAGAAGGCCAAGUGGAAAAACUGAUUAAUCUUCUUCUAAUGGUGAAAGACACCCAAGAUGGCGGCCGUCACUUCUUCGCAAUUCUUAAAUCCAUCGAGCAAAUGAAAACUCUCUUGAAGGAUGGAACUUUCCAGGAACCGAUUAUGGAAAGUUUAAGAGAGAGAGACAAUAAAAGUGGUGUCUAUAACAACUUCCUGUUGAUCUGGGACGCCAUUGACAGAGAAGAGUUCAAGUCGUUUUUCAGAGGUACAAAGUUUGGCAUCACCGUUCAACCUGAAGGAAAGGAUGACGAUUGUGUCGUGUUUCCGAAGUCUUUUUCCAUCUUGAACUGUUUGCAAUGUCGCCUAUUUGAGCAAACUGAGAAUACGAAGGUAGAAUUGCUGGAAAUGGAUGUAUUCGAAACUAAACAAGUCGUCUGUUGGAAUGCGAAGGAGAACGUCGAUUUGUAUUCGUUCGUUAAGAGCGGCAAGUGUAGCUUUUGUGACCCAACCGCCAUGGACGAGUGAAACAAUACAUAAUUAUCAAAUGAGGCACUGAAGAGAGACGAAACGCCAUAAGGAUGUAGGUAUUACCAUGGAAGAAGAAUCUAAAAAUCUAGAAAGACGGAAGGCAAAGCUUAAAUUAAUGUAGUUUUUUUCUUUCUAAAACAUUACUUUUCUUAUGAAACUAAAAUUGAMUCAUCAACCUUUAAAAAUAAUUUUAUAUUUUCCUUAGCUUUCGACCGACACGGUCAUCCUCAGAGGAACUAAAAUACGUUACAAUAUUAACAAAAACUACGCGAUCAAACGUUGUACAGCAAAAGAAUCGCGCGCACAAACCUGAAAGCAAGAGCAUUGAAAAUCACAAAAGAUUUAUGUAAUUUGCUGGCAGAAUUCUGCCACUGUCUCUAUUAAAAAUAAUGUUUCUCAAGUUCUUUAGUGAUCUUAUUACUUUUCUUGUUUUAUAUAUACAAAAAGUAACUUCAAAUAAAAUUUUAUAAUUCAUUUAUUUCUGUUUCUUUCCUUAUUUCUUAUUUACAUAUAGGAAUUUAACACUAUUAUACAGUCACGUCAAUUUUGGAUUCUAAAAGUUUUAUACUCCACCAAUAUUUAAAGUAAAAAACGCAAAACAUGAUAUGAUUUGUCAUAUUUAGCAACUCGCGGCUGCAAUUCUUAAAAACUCUGUUUCUUUCUCGUUUCAUUGACGAACUUAUAUAAAUCAAUUACUGAAUUCAUUUUCUGUAUCAGAUUCGRGUGCCAAUUACUCGAAAUAUAUACACAGUAAUUUCUUGAUGUAGCAGCACACAUAGCUUAUCUAGAUACUUGGUAGUGUAAUUGAAGAACCGCAGUCCGUUAUGCAUCGUCGUAUUGAAGUCAAAACAUCCGGGUCUUGAGAAAAUUUAUGGAAAAGCGUUGCCAUGAGCAACGAGAACUCUACUCCAGUUGAUGCUGGGGGGAAAUCAUAAAAACUGUUGGUGAUUUGUAAUGUCAAAAGUAGAGAAAGAGAGGAAAAAGCACUUACUUUGAUUAGUGUCUUGGCUUCUGUAUGAUUGCAGGAGCAUGCAGCACCCUUUAACGAUAAUCUGUAAACCAAAAACCAAAUAUUCAACGAAACUGUUAAAUAGAAUGCUGAGUGAAAAAUAAAAGGCUAUUUACUUCCA